AUGGCUGGUUUCAAGUCAAAGUCUAUUGCUGCUCUUGCAGCAUGUGUCGCAGCAGUUGAUGCGGCGGCUCUUCAGCCUCGCCAGUACAAGACGCUCGUCAACUCGCAAUCUCUCCGCGACGCUCUCCACAUUGACAACUUGUUCGCCAAGGCUGAGAUCCUCCAAGAGAUCGCAUACAGCACGCCAGGCAAGAACCGUGUCAUCGGAAGUCAGGGCCACGAAGACACUGUAGAGUACAUCAAAGGGCAACUCGAAGCUUUCCCUGAUUACUACAAUGUCUACACCCAGGACGUACCGCUUAACAUCGGUACCAACGCCACGCUCAUGGCAAACAACAAGACCAUUGAAGCUUUUGCUGUUACCCUGGCUCCUGGCGGUAACGUAACUGGUCCGCUAGUUGCUAUUCCCAACCUUGGUUGUGAGGAGGCCGACUUCCCCGAGUCUCUUGCAGGCUGUGUUGCUCUCAUUAAGCGUGGCACCUGCUCCUACGGCGAAAAAGUCGAGAUUGCAGCUGCCAAAGGCGCAGUUGGUGUUGUAGCAUGGAACAAUGCCGAAGGCACCCUUGAGGGCUAUUCACUCCAAGUCCUGUUUCCAAAGGGCGAGGUCGUUCCCACCGCCGGUAUCACCAUGGGCCAAGGAGAGGCUUUGCUCGCACAGAUCCAGGCUGGCGUCAACAUCACAGUCGACAUGAUGACCGAUGCCAAGAUCUACAACACCCGCAAUGUCAUCGCCGAAACAAAGGCUGGUGACCACGACAACGUCAUCCAUGUUAGCGGCCACUCCGACUCUGUCACCGCUGGCCCCGGUAUCAACGACAACGGUUCUGGAUCCAUGUCUAUCCUUGAGAUUGCCAUUCAGCUCACAAACUUCACUGUCAACAACGCUGUUCGCUUCAGUUGGUGGACUGCUGAAGAAGCUGGCCUCCUAGGGGCCGAAUACUACGUCCACGAGCUCCCUCAAGACGAGCGAGACAAGAUACGUUUGAUGCUAGAUUAUGAUAUGAUGGCUUCGCCAAAUUUUGCUAUCCAAAUCUACGACGGCGACGGUUCAGCCUUCAACCUGACCGGCCCCAGCGGCUCCGCAGAAGCUGAGCACGAAGUCGCCGCCUACUUCGACAGCAUCGGCCUCAACCACACUGAGAUAGAAUUCGACGGCCGCUCAGACUACGGUCCCUUCCUGGAAGCCGGUAUCGCGGCUGGUGGCAUCGCUGGCGGCGCCGAGGGCAUCAAGACGGAAGAGGAGGCUGAGAUGUUCGGUGGUGGCGCGGGUGUUCCUUACGAUGUCAACUACCACGAGGACGGCGACACGGUUAACAACCUUAACCUAGAUGCGUGGAUCGAGUUUACAAGGGCGAUUGCGCAUAUGACGGCUACGUAUGCGGUUUCUUGGGAUGGGAUUCCGCCGAGGAAUGCGACGGCUGCGAGGAAGAGGUCGGAGAUGUAUGGGAGGUAUAAGAAGGAGUUUAGGAAGACGGAGAGGUGGCAGAGGUGGGUGUAG